CUCCAUAGAACAAAUUCAGUCAAGUCUACAACAAUUCUAACUUUUCCUGAAUAAUUUAUUUAUUAGUAAUAUUUUAAUAUUAUAUGAAACUUCACAGAAUAUAUCAUGUUCCCACCACCAUUAGUAUAUGUAAUAUAGAUUCUUUGACUUUACAUUCUUAAUUAUUUUUUCACCUUAAUUAAAAAACUAUAUACAGUUAUAUCAAAUACUUAUGAUAGAUUCACACGACACACACACAAAAACCAAACCCAAAAAACCAAAACCACAUUCUGAAAUAAUUCACAACUUAAACUGAAACAUCACAUGACAAAUUAAUAACACAAACACAAACACAACUUUAAACUGAAACAUGAUCAUGGACAAAACCGAUUCACCAACAAGAGAACCAAAAGUUUUAUCAACCGAAUGUCUACGAGGAAGUUCAAAAGCAGAUGAAUGGAAAGUAGACAUGUUACAAACUGGUGAUAUAGUUGAAGAGAUUCGAAUUGGAACAAAAUCAAAAUCACAGAUCCGAUUCAAUUCACCGUUUAAAGGUGGAAAAAGUGGAAUUCAGAAGAUUCUUCAAGAAGCUUAUAAGAAAAAAGAAACAUCGAUUAUGAUUCGUGUUCGAAGAGGUUCUGAUGAAUUAGCGGAGUUACAAGCUUGUAUUGUUCCGAAUGAGUUAACCGGGAAGAAACAGUUUGUUUUGAGAUCCAUUGAAGACCCGAAUUAUGUUGUCGGGUUUUUGGAUCGAACCGAAGUUGAAUGCUUUGAGAUUCAAGCUUCAAGGAGCAGUAGGAUGGUAAAUGCACUAACCAAGACAAAACUACAAGAUGGAUAUGUUUCUUAUCCAUGGGAGAGGACAAUGCAAGAGAUGCUACCAGUUCCGAAUUCGAGUAAUUUCCUUUCCAUAUUACUCCUUCCAAAAGCUUCGGAUAGAGUAUCAUCUCGCUACAAUGAUCUAGAGGACACCCUAGCAAGAGCAAAUGCUUGGAUCAAUGCAGGUCAAGCUUCUGGUGUCCCUAUUGUCUUCAUGAACAUUCAAACCGAGUCCCUACUCACUAAGAUAUCUGGGGAGACAGCUUCUUCCACUGUGAAUACAGGGUCUCUUUCUGACUUAUCUAACCUAGCAAAUGCAAGCCUUUAUGGCUUUGAAGAUUACCAUGGAAUAGAUAUAGGCGUUGUUCGAGCCAUUCGCUUAUGGUAUGCUCCUGUUGGUGGAGAGCUUUCUAUUGAGAUCAAACUAAAAGAGGAAGAUUCAAAGCUCGGAUUCGCCAUUAGUCGAACAGAAGAGGGAUUUAUUUUCAUUUCGUCGGUGAUUAAUCAAGAAAAUGUACCCUCUACACGUUCGGGGCUAAGCAGUCUCUAUAAACUAGCAACAGAUACUUGUAGGUUAUUGGUAGUUUCAAGAGUAUCAAACCAAAAAGUACUUCCAUGGAUGGUAUCUUCAACAGGAGCAAUUCGAUGUUACGACACAGUCUCCUUGAGCCAGAAGCUAUCCUUACACAGACACACUAGAGUUCCAAUUCUUCUUCAUGUCUUCCUUUGGGACCGAUCAUUGGUUAAUUCGAGUGGUGGAAGCAAUAGAUUCAGAGCUUUAUCUCCUUCUGUGUUGCAACCAUUUCCAUCUGAAGUUCAAAUUGGUCGCUUUUCGAAUGAAACUCAUACACUGCCUUUGCCUCCAGAAGCUUCUGAUCCAACUGAUAUCACUGGCGAGGUUUCGCAGUCGCGGCUUGAGAGAGACACUGCUGGUGAAUCGUCAUUCAGAUUUCAUGAUUUCUCUCUGUCUAGCAAUUGGGUAUAAUAUAUAUUAUACAUAGUUGACACUAUAAUUUUGUUGUUUUUUUUGUAAUGUACAUAAAUACAAACUAUAUACAUUACAUUGGACUUGUAGAAUAAUGAAGCAUAUAGAGUUGGUUAAUACUUUGAAAAAAUGACCUUUAUUAUUAAGGAGCUUAAUCUAUGUUAUGUUAUGAAAUUAAUUAAAAUUACAGAAAGAUGUUGUAAAAUGAGUCUUCUCAAGGGAACUUUCACAACAUCAGUGAACUUAUAAUUACCAGUCAUAAGUUCAAAAUUUGAUAUUGCUAAAUAGAGUUUUUGUUUUUUACGAC